AUAAACUUGUUCUUUCUCCUCCAUAUCAGAGGAACAUUUCACAAAGUCAGCUUUGUUUGGCUGCUGUUCACGUCAUAAAUAGCAACAGGUUGUGCCGCAAUGCUAACAUUAGCUUCCAGUAGCAGUUAGCUGUGCUCUAGCUUCUAAUCUCAUCUAGUAGCACUGCCGUAGUAAUGCUAGCUAACCUCAUUUAGCCGCUAGCUGUCACAAAGCAACAAGUGCGACCACCUGCGCUCCGGAACCGGCUCAAGGCGGCGGCUGUCCAGCUGGAGAAAGGCAGGACAGUAGGAGAAGAAAGAGAAAAGGAGCGGCUCUGAGCGUCUGUGCAGGCAGGAAUAAUAAUAAUAAAAAACAUGUCAACCGCUGGGGAAGUGCCACCUUUUUUCCACAGCGUGGGUUCCGACAGCCCCAACAGGCCCAGGCAGAAAUUUUGCGGCGUGUUCUGCCCGGUGGAGGGCUCCUCCGAGGCGAAGACGCUGGACUUUGACGCGCUGUCAGCGUGCAGAGGACGGAGCGCCGCCGGCGGCAGAGUCAUCGACCGGCAGAGCGACAUCUCCCAGCCCAGGAAGGUGGAGAUCCGGGAGAGCACCGGCAAGGAGGCGCUCCAGAACCUGGAUGACAGGCGGAGUGACCGUCUCUUGAUCAAAGGAGCGAAGAUCGUGAAUGAUGACCAGUCGUUCUACGCCGACAUCUACAUGGAGGAUGGCGUCAUUAAACAAAUCGGAGAGAACCUCAUCGUUCCCGGCGGGGUGAAAACCAUCGACGCCCACGGUCGCAUGCUGCUGCCCGGCGGCAUCGACGUGCACACGCGCUUCCAGAUGCCCGACCGGGGCAUGACGGCGGCCGAUGACUUCUACCAGGGGACCAAGGCGGCGCUGGCCGGCGGCACCACGAUGAUCAUUGACCACGUGGUUCCCGAGCCCGGCGUCAGCCUCAUGUCCGCCUUCGAGCAGUGGCGCGAAUGGGCCGACGGCAAGUCCUGCUGCGACUACUCGCUGCACGUCGACAUCACCGAGUGGCACAAGGGGAUCCAGGAGGAGAUGGAGACGCUGGUGAAGGACCACGGUGUCAACUCUUUCCUGGUCUACUUGGCGUAUAAAGAUAUUUUCCAGCUUACUGAUGCUCAGGUGUAUGAGGUGUUCAGCGUGAUCCGUGAUCUGGGAGCCAUCGCCCAGGUUCACGCCGAGAACGGGGACAUCGUUGCUGAGGAGCAGAGGCGGAUCUUGGAGCAGGGGAUCACCGGACCUGAAGGACACGUGUUGAGCCACCCAGAGGAGGUGGAAGCAGAAGCUGUUAACCGCGCGGUGACGGUGGCCAAUCAGACGAACUGCCCGCUGUACGUUACCAAGGUGAUGAGCAAGAGCGCUGCUGAUGUCAUCGCUCAGGCUAGGAAGAAGGGCACUGUGGUCUAUGGAGAGCCGAUCACGGCCAGCCUGGGAACGGACGGGUCGCACUACUGGAGUAAGAACUGGGCCAAGGCUGCGGCUUUUGUCACGUCCCCUCCACUGAGCCCUGACCCGGCCACUCCGGACUAUCUCAACUCCCUGCUGUCCUGUGGCGACCUGCAGGUGACAGGAAGUGCGCACUGUCCCUUUAACACGGCCCAGCGCGCUGUGGGGAAAGAUGACUUCACCUUGAUUCCUGAGGGUGUCAAUGGCACAGAGGAGAGGAUGUCAAUCAUCUGGGACAAAUGUGUGGUGACUGGUAAGAUGGACGAAAACCAGUUUGUAGCCGUCACCAGCACCAACGCAGCCAAGAUUUUCAACCUGUACCCCCGCAAGGGCCGCAUCGCAGUGGGUUCGGACGCGGACCUGGUUCUCUGGGACCCGGACGUCACGAAGAUCAUCUCUGCCAAGAGCCACAACUCCACUGUAGAGUACAACAUCUUUGAAGGCCUGGAGGUGCGCGGUGGGCCUCUGGUGGUCAUCAGCCAGGGAAAGAUUGUUUUGGAGGAGGGGACUCUCCACGCCACCGAGGGCUCAGGACGCUUCGUGGCCCGUAAACCGUUCCCUGACUACGUCUACAAGAGGAUAAAGGCUCGCAGCAGGCUGGCUGAGCUGAGGGGUGUGCCUAGAGGUCUGUACGACGGUCCGGUGUGCGAGGUGUCCGUCACUCCUAAAACCAUGACCCCCGUCUCUUCUGCGAAGACCUCACCUGCCAAACAACCCAGCCAGCCUGUCCGCAACCUGCACCAGUCUGGCUUCAGCCUGUCCGGUGCUCAGAUCGACGACAACGUUCCACGCAGGAACACCCAGCGCAUUGUGGCGCCCCCGGGUGGCAGGGCCAACAUCACCAGCCUGGGUUAAAGCUCCGCCUCACAAACCCUGACCCUUGACCCUGCAUAGGAGGAAAUUUGUCAAAGGAUGGCGUUCAGCCGGUGAGAUCAGGUCGAGAGCAGCCGAACCUUUCACUGCGCCUCACCGUUGAUCCCGGCACUUCCUCCUAUGCAGUUUUUCUCACCUACCAACUUUCCUGUUUCCCCAGCCUCUAUUGGACACAGUUAGAAAUAAAUA